AUGUCGAAGCUGGUCUCAGUUAUCGGUGCCACUGGCAUCCAGGGCGGCUCCGUCGUUAGAGCCCUUCUCGACGACAACACCUACAGUGUGAGAGCUAUCACAAGAGACAAGACGAGCGCUGCGGCUCAAAAGCUAGCUGACAGCGGAGCUGAGGUAAUUGAGGCUGACCUCGAUGACCUUUCCUCCCUGGAGCGUGCUUUUGCCGGGUCCUACGCCAUCUUCGCCGCAACAAACUUCUUUGAGUCCUUCCCAGCCAUUAGCGAAAACGAGGCGAUUGAGAAAGAAGCCAUCCAGGGUAUCAAUCUGGCCAACGCCGCCAUGGCUACUCCUACCCUUCAACAUUUCGUCUGGUCGACCCUUCCUAACGCCGGCCGAAUCAGCAAUGGAAGAUGCCAUGUCCCGCACUACGUUGGGAAGAACAAGAUCGACGAUUACAUCAAGUCUAAAACGGAGCUGUUUGCUAAAACUACGUUUCUUUGGGUCAGCUACUAUGCUUCAAACAUGCUGUAUCCAUUUUUCAAACCAUUCCCUGUUACCACAACCGACCCAAGGAAGUACAUUCAACUCCUCCCAGUCCCGUCGUCGACGCCCAUGACAUUGAUCGGAGACGCAACGACAAAUGUCGGUAUCUUUGUCCGUGCUAUUUUGGAUCAGCCGGAAAAGUCUCUCCCGGCCAAGUUCGUCCUCGGCGCUACAGACAGGAUGACUACUGGGGACCUACUCUCGCUGUGGGCGGAGGUGAAUGGUGCAGAGGCAGAGUAUGUCAUGGCAGAAAGGAAGACGUAUUAUAAGCUGUGGCCUGGAUGGGCUGAGGUAAUGGACGCGGCCCUUGUGUACUGGGGUCUUGUUCAAGAGAGGGACUACUCAGGCGAAGAUGAGAUAUUGACUGCAGAAAACCUGGGAGUCAUUGGGUUCCAGGCAUAUACAAACUUUGAUAAGGUGGUGGCUAUCAGAGGAAGAGAAAUCCAAUCCAAUUCAAUCUUAUGUGAUCUUGUGACUCAACUCUUGAAAGGGUGUUCAACCAAAGACAGAACUCUCCUUGGGUCUCGGUUUAAUUUAUCCACGCCAUUAUCGAUUUGGUAG